GGGUGCAUUUGUUUUACUUAAUCGCCAAACAUAAACCUUGAGCCGCAUAGCAUAGGUUUGCACACAACAUCUGUAUCAUCUCUGACGUCAUGUCACUCUGAUGUCACGGUAUUGUGACGUCAUGCUAUUGUUACCCACAUGCGCAUGGAAAUAAGCCGCAUUUACAACAGCGUCAAAGAGUAUCGACUAAAAUGGGAUGUAAGCAAACUAAGGUCACACCACUGAAGCAAACAUCUCCCGAGGAGGCUCUGGCGGGCAAGAUCAACUGCCCUCACGAACUCUACUACGCCAAGAGUCAGUUGACGCCCCGCCUGUCAGGGGAUGAGAUUCUUCAGCAGCUGAGAGAGGAAGGGCUGGUCCCUGUCCACCAGACACGAGGAGGAGUGGCCUUCUCUGUGCCCGCCACCGAGUGUGUUGGUUCCCGCGGCAAACCACCCCGACGUCUGGAGCAAAUCCCAGUGCGGUGCUUCUACACAGCAGAGAGGAGGAGACAGAAGGCUGACACUUUCAGAUUUAACAAGCUAGUUGAUCAAGUUCAGUGGAAACAGCUGGACAGAGAAUUAAAGCACAAAGCUGUGAAAGACGAGAAGAAACGUCGCCUGUUCUUGAAGAAAAUGAUGGCGGAACAUCAGCUGCAGAUGAGAGAAGAGAAACUGAAGAGGCUGGAUGAAGAGCGGGCGGCGAAGAAGAAGGAGGAGAAGAUGUCAUCCAAGAAAUAGACGAAGAGGCGUGCGGAUGGGCCUGGGGGUGGGAUGGAUGUUCGGGGUUGAGGGGGAUCGAGGGUCGGGGUGGGGGAUAGACCAAGGCCAUUAAAAAGUAACUAUGCAUUAUCCAAAAAGAUUUACAAAAAUGUUUCAUGCACUGUUGGUGCUAAAAAGGUGUAUAACAUCUAUACCAUGUUUACAAACAUAACUUUUAUAGAUCGUUGAUUAUAGGCCAGGGGGGUGAGGGACAUUAACAAAUAACUAUGUACUAUCCAAAAGGAUUUACCAAAAACACGAUAUGCAUGAACAUGAUUUAGUUCAUAUUGCAUCGGUAUUAAUAAAUCUAACAUUUUUCAUCUCGAUUAGUUUGUACAGUGUCUCAUAUUUGUGCCAAAUAAAAUUAUGUACAUUGUGAUACCAAUGU